ACAAUUGGCUGCACUUGGGUGUGAAAGGCAUCAGAAUGUUUUGAGCAUAGAAACAGAAUAGAGCUUGGCGCGGCCCAUUAAUAAAGUUUGAUAUGUAAUCAUAUCCUCUGGCCUGAAACUUCAGGUCAUGGCAUGUUUUCCCACCAUACUUGACCAUGUGAUAAGUCUACCCUUCUGUUUAAACAUCUGAUAUCACGUCACAUGUAAAGCACUGAUCUUUGAUAUCUGCCCACUAAAGGUCAUUUUGGAUCAGGUGCUAGUUUUAAGACUGGCAAAAUGGCAUACAUGGUGCAAAUGUUGCUGAUGUUCAUGGUUUUGUUUGGUCUGACUUCAGCCUUAUCUCAAAUUGUCCCAAACAACACUUGCCAACCAAAGUAUACCAAAGAUGGGAAAGCGAUGUUCAUGUUAGAGCUGCCUGUCAUGACUGCAGGAAGUCCUGAAAACCAGAACACACCAGACAUGGCUGCUUUGGAAAAGAAGGUCCAAGGUCAAGAGACGCUUCUCAACUCCCAGGCAAUCCUCAUAAUGCAGCAGAAACAACAGCUAAGUCAGCAGGCUGCAAAAAUUACGGAAAUGGAGAAAACACUACAGAAAUUGGACUCGUUCAUACCCCCUGAUGACUGUCGAGACUUGCUGGUGUCUGGAAAAUCGCCCAUAUCUGAUUCCCAGAUCACCGCUUCUUCCGUUUGGAGUUCCGACUUUCCACCACCACAUUCAAGACUGUACACACUUGGCGACAAAGACACUAACCAGGGAAGCUGGCAUGGUGCAACUAAGGACAAGAACCAGUGGCUCCAGUUUGAUUUUGGGAGAGUGAGAAAAAUAACGGCAGUGCUAACUAAAGGACGGAAUGGCUAUGUUUGUUUUGUCAGGGAAUACCAGGUGCAUUAUGGGAACAACACGUUGAUAAUGAGAGCUCUCUAUGAUGCUGAUGGAAAGACCAAGACCUUCCAAGGCAACAUAGAUGAGGAUACCAUCCAGCAGAAUGUCCUUGACACUCCUGUGUAUGCCCGCUAUCUGCGUAUUAACCCAGUGGCCUGGCAUCAUCACAUUUGUAUGAGGGCAGAUGUUCUUGGAUGUUGAAAAAUGCCAGUGUGAAAAAACAGCAUGUUGUUGCAGAUUAAUGAACAAUUUAUUACCAUGAUGACACACAUAUCUUAAUGAUCUUCUUAAUAAUCCUUUCUUAAUUUCUUAAUGAUCAAAUCUUAUUCAAAUAUGUUUUAAUGAUUUUAUUUUACUUUCAAUCAGCGAUAACUUUGACCCUACUCUGACCUAAAUCAGAUAGUAUUUUAUGAAUACUCCGUUCAAAGCAGACACAGUUAGACAUUGACCUCAAAUUUGUCCACUUUUCAGUUUGAUUAAUAUAUUGGGCUAUAUUGGUUACACGAAAACCAUGGAUGGAAUAUAGUGCUCAUUAACUAAGAAUUUUGAAAAACUUUCAAAAGUUUAUCUUCUGAUCAAAUGUAUUCAAAGGAUUAUAUAUUUUAAUAAGC